AAAAUGUUAAAUGCUGACUACAUUUAAGCUUUGUCUUUACAAUUUUCCAUUAAUGCAGAAUAAUUUAUACUGUACGAUUAACAUAGGGAUCCAAUUUAGAAACAAUUCAUUUGUUAAUAUUGGUUACGAGGUACUUGCUGUUUCACUCCAGGUAUUGGUUUAUGAAAUAUUUAGACUUUUGUCAUUUUGCCCAUGGAAUCUAAUAUUUAGAAUAUAAAAUAGAUUCAAUAACAAAUUUAAAACCCUUACCUAGCUUAGAAGAUGUAAAAUUGAAAUAUAGAAUUGAUGGUUUCCCAAAAUAAUAUUUUGUGGUUGAGAAAUUUUAAUCACAUCCAAAAGUCAAGGAAGAAUUGAAAGAAUAUCAUGAAUAUAUUGGAAAAUAUUAUGAUCCCAAUAAAGUUUACACUUUAAGAGAAAUUAAGUUUGAAAGAUCAAUCAAACCAAUUAUACUUAAUACUAUGUAUUUGUUGGAAAUUUAAAGCUUUUAUGAAAAAAUCUUAGAGAUGCUACAAGUUAAAAUAAUUCCCAGAGCUGUGUUCAUUCAUGAAUUAAACAGAGUUGGGUACUCAUUUAUGGGUAAGAUUUGUAUAAUAUUGAACUCUAGGAAGUCACUUUGCAAGGCCUAAGACCCUAAUAUUCCAUUUAUAGAACAGCGGUUCUUGUUUUUCCAAGACUCUUAGAACAAAUAUAGUGAUAACUGGAUAUGAUGAAUCAAUUUUGAGAAAAUAAAAUUCUUUGAAAGUCCUUAAGCAAGGGGUGGCUAAAUAAAAUAUAGAAUAAAAUGAUAAUUAGGAUGACGUGAAUAAGGAAGAUAAUGAUGACUAAGAUGAAGAGGAGGAGGAUGAAAUGAUGGGAUUGGAUGAUCCAAUAGAAACUAAGGAGGGCGAAAAAGAGAUUAUUUUUCUCAUUAAGGUUGAUGAUAAGAAAGAGUUGAUAAAAUCUUUUGCUUUAAAAUUAUAGGAAAUCUUAACAGCAUAACCAGAAUUAGCUAAACUUACAGAUAUGGAUGAUUUCUAAUUGGCAAUAGAUGAAAGAAUUAAAGAAGAAAAUCAUAUAAAUUUUUAGAAGUAAUAGUAGAUUUUCCCAAAUUUGCAUCAGAUUUUGACAAUCAAGAAUUAAAUUUGGGAUGAAUUUGCUGAAGAACAUGGAUUUCAACACAUCAAAUUUACAAAUUCAAGAGAUUCAGGAAUACCAAUAAGUUCAAUAGUGAAAUAUUUCACUCCUGAACAAAAGUUGGAAUUAACUAAUUAUCUAUAGAAACCAAAAAUUAAAUACUUUCUAUGUUAAUAUUGGAUGAGAGGCAUUUGCAUUUUCCAAAAGAAGGAUUGCAGAUUUGCUCAUGGUUUAGAGGAUUUGGAAUUAAAUUUCGAUAUCGCAAGAGAUUUUGAACAUUUGAACUAAGAGUAAAAGCCAUUAAGAUACAAUUAGAAGCCAUUGAUUAAUCAUAGAACUUAUUAAAUUUUAUUCUUGUAACAAUAUAAAAUGAUUGAUUAUGGAGUGUUGGGAUAACAUCAAAAGAAAAAUAUCUUCUAAAUUGAUAAUUUGAAGGAAUAUAGAGAUAAAAUAAGGGAAUUCAUAUAAAGAGAAAUGAUAAUAAAUUUAUAUAAAAGGAUCUCAAAUGGUAAACCUUAAAACAAAGGUGAGAUAAUGAAAUAUUACAAUCUGGUUGGUUUUAUCUAGAGAGGAAUUGAUCUGUCAGAAUUGAAGAUAAUUAAGUUAUUAAUUAAUAAUGAUGCAGUAUUUGAGAAAGAAUCUAUAGUAAAAGUGCAUCAGAUUGAAUAGGAUGGUUUAAGUAAGAAAGAGAAAAAGAAGGUUACUUAAAAACAGAUUCUAUUAAUUCCUGUAUUGGAUUAUAAUGUCUAUAACAAAUUUUAUGAAUCAAUCAUUUUCUAAGCCUUAAUCAGUGUUUUGAAGAAUAAAGUGGAAUUGCCAGUUGAGGAGAGUGUAGUAAAGAAGGAAAUCUAUAAAUUGGAUUAAGUAUUAGAGAUGCCAGGACUAUAUCAAUUUUUCCUCAGACAUCCCAAGAAGAAAUAUACAUUGAUUGAUUACUUUUAAGAGAAUAUCUUAGGCUAAGUUAAGAAUAAAUUGAAAGAUCAAAUACACCCAGAAGUAUAUGAGUAAAUAUCUGAAGAUGGUUUUAAUUUGAUUUCAUUUGAGGCUGACAUUCCUCAAUUGAUGGCUAUAAUUCAAGCUAUUUAUGGAAAUGUCUUGAGUCAUAAUCAAAUUCCAAUCAAUUUUGAUAAAUUGAUCAAGUAGAUAGAAAUGAAAGCAAGUGAUAAUGAUAAAUACAAUUGUUUAGUAAAUUAUUUGCAUAAGGACAAAUUACAUAAAUUUUUCAGUAUAAAUGGAAGUCUUUAUGUAAUCAACUAGCAUGGAAAGAUAGUGGAUAAAAUUAAGAAAUGCAAAUGUGGGAAGCAAUAUCAAGCACCUGCAAAAAUAAAAUAAAUCAAUAAUAAUAUGCUCAUAUAAAAAAUAAUGGAAGUCUAAGAAUUUAUUGAUAAAGAUGUAAGAAACACUAUAAUUGUGGAUUCAGCAGAAAAAUUACUGUUGGUAUAAGAUUUCAUGUCUUUCGAUGUUAAUUACAUUGGUAUAGAUUUAGAAGGAUAAUUAAGGAAGGGAGAUAUUUGGCUAGUAUAGAUGGGUGUAAUGAUUGAGAAUUUGAGAAUCAUCUUCAUUUUUGAUUUAAUGAAAUCUAAGUAUUUGGAAGCCGAUUUAGUGUUUCACGAAUAGAUGAUCAGUGUGAUUAGAUUGAUUUUGGAAGAUGAGGGGAUUUGCAAAGUAUUUCAUGAUUGUAAAAGAGACAGUUAAGCUUUGCAUAUCAACCAUAUAUGUCCAAAGAACAUUGCAGAUACAAGUAGUACAUAUAUAUUUUUGGAAUCUCUUAAAUUGAAUGAUUAGGAAUAGAAAAAAGUGAAAAAGAAGUAAGAUAAUAGAUUAAUAUUAUAGUCCAAUACAAAUAUCUAAAGAAGUGUUAUAAGUGGCGACUCCACCAAUUAAUAGUGUAUUAACUAAAUAUGGAGCUUUGUAUGGAGGAAAUGAACUGAAAGAAGAAAUGCAUGCGAAAUUCAAUAAUUGCAAAGCAGACGAUUUCUUUGCUCGUCCAAAUCCAGCCUUCAUGUAUUACAGUGCUAGGGAUGUGGAAGAUCUUGUUUAAGUGUAUUUGCAGAUGGAAAUGCUCGCUUUGGAUUAUAGAUACAUCAUUGAGAAGAUGAGUAACAAAAAUAAAGAGUAUUUUCUUAAGGGUUAGGAUAAAAUUUAGGAUAAGUGA